AUGGCGGACCCCAAAGCUGCACUACAGGUGCAUACACACAUCAGCUCGGAGAAAGGACUGUCCUCAGUUACCACACUGAUCGUCGGCUCAAAGGCAGCCGUCAUCAUCGACCCACCAUUCCUGGUCCCCGACGCACUAUCCGUUGUGAGCUUCAUCAAGGAGAAGACAUCCAAUCCUGUCGUGGCAGUGUUCGUCACACACCACCAUCCAGACCACUACUUCUCGGCCAACCCCAUCCUAGAAGCAUUCCCGCAAGCCAAGUUCUACGCCCACUCAUACGUCCGAGCCGGCAUCGAUCGAGAAUACGACGAGAAAGUAGUUUACUGGCCCAGCGUCUUCGGUGAGGAUGUGCCCAAGAACCCUCAAAAACCGGAAAUCUUCCCUUACUCGUUCUUCAUCCUCCCCGGGGACGAGGGCAGUCCAGUGACGUUGCUCGGGCCAGUACAAGGCGACAGUAUUGACCACACCAUCUUCUGGCUGCCUCGAGAGAGGGUUGUCAUCACGGGCGACGCGGUCUAUGCUAGGUCGACGCAUGCUUGGGUUGAGGAGAUUGAAACACCGGACAUUCUGCACGCCUGGAACCUGACCUUGCUUCUGAUUGAGAGCUUAAGGCCGGAGAGGAUCAUUGCUGGACAUAUUGAGCAGGGGUGGGAGUUUGAUGCUAAGAAGGAUAUGGAGCACAUGCAUAAGUACCUCGAUCUAUUCGCGUCCAAGAUCACCAAUGCACCGAAGAAGCCUGGCGUGGACGAACUGUUUCAGAUAUUCAAGACGUCCUUUCCACAGUGCGAGAAAAAUCUUGACUUUUUCCUAGGCCACCUGAGCAACCAGUUCGGAGAGGGCGGGAAAGUGUGGGAAGAGAACAGACAUCACGAUGUUGGCAGCAGGAAACGAGAUACAUUGGAAGGUUUCCUGUUCUACGUCAACCUCAAAACCAAAGCCUCGCAAUGGGACAAGCCCACCGCCCCGGCUACGGGCCCAGAAGACGCGCCACCCCCCGAUGCUCCUCCAGGGUACAGCUCGGGCGGUAAUGCGCCGCAUGUCUUUGAUUCAAAGACUGAGCAUCUGAACUCGAAUAAUCCGUACAAUAACAGCACAUCUCCGACAGGCGAGACAGACGAACAAAUGGCGCGUCGCCUACAGCAGCAGGAACAAGCCGGCGCCGGCGGCAACCGCGGCGCAUCAGACGGGUACUACGGACAAGGUGGCGGGCCGCAGCAGGGAUAUCAGCAGGGCGGAGGUCACCAGUCGUACGACAACAACCAGCUCCCGCCGCGUCCAGAUGAUCGCAGCGGCGGCGGUGGGAAGAGGGGCCUCUUCAGCAAGAUCCUAGGCAAGUCGAGCUCGUUUUCUGGUGGAGGCUACGGACAGGGCGGGUAUGGACAGCAACAGGGCUACCCGCAACAGGGUGGCUACGGUGGUGGGCCGGGCUAUGGUGGCGGGUAUCCCCAGCAGGGGUAUGGAGGGUAUCCUCAGCAGGGUGGGUAUGGGCCGCCACAGGGCAUGUAUGGUGGAGGCUAUGGUGGGUAUUCUCAGCAGGGAGGGUAUGGGAGGCCGAUGGGUGGUGGGAUGAUGGGAGGUGGCAGGAGGCCUGGUGGUGGAAUGGGUGCUGGUGGUGCGGCGGCGUUGGGUGUGGGUGGUGGGUUGUUGGGUGGGAUGCUGCUCGCUGAUGCUAUGAAUGACGGAGAGCAGGAUGCGUAA